AUGAGUGAGCAAGAUACUAAACAACCGUCAAGAAGGCGGCGUUCGAGUAUAAUAGAGGUUGUCAGCGAUGGCGAAAAUGAGUCCGGCCUGAGCUUCAACGAACAAGAACAUCAAAACAGCAUCAUAGAGGUCCCAAGUGAUGCCGAGCUGGAUGCUUCCGAUGAUGAGCUAGAAAUAGUCGGUGAAGCUCCAGCUCCAGCCGUGGACGAUGACGAGAUUCAAAUUACUGGUCAAAAUGAAAUGAGACCAUCACCUAUUCAAUAUCCUGGUGCACCCAUGGAGGCUGUUCCUGUUGAUGACCACCGUGAGGAAAGAGCUUCCACUCAAACGCCACCUACGCCGCAGCCACCAAUGAGACAGCGAUCACUAUUCGGUAGAAAUCCAAGAAGAAAUACGAGAAGAAGAACUGCUGGACAGCUGCUUAUGGAAAGACUCAACUUUGCAGUACCUUUCAGUUUCUUCAAUCUACCGGAAGAGGAGCGAAGGUCCUUUUUUAAUUACUUACAUGCACAAGACACAACAGAUGAAAUAUCCGGCGCUAUACUAGCUCGUUUAGAAAGAGAGGACGAUCUGGCCCUUGAUCGUAAGAUAGAAAAGGAAAAGAUUUACAAUCGAGAUACGCUUCGCAAAAAGCGAGAUGAAGCUAAGGAGGAAGAUAAUUUGCACACAACCAACAUCACUCCCACAGAUAAUCUACUUUGCGAAUUAUGUGGUAUACAGUUGGGCGAAGGCAUCCCGAUGAUUUCAUACCCGACCCUAAGUAUAACAGAAAUUUGUCAAAGUAUGUUGCGGAUAACAAGGUCCAAGCACCAUGGUUCUGCGUCACGCAAUGUCUAG